AGCAUGACCCUGGCUUCCAUCCACUGGACAGGAAGUCCUAGGGCUCAGGGAGGCAGGCGAUGGCAGGAGAUACAGAGGGAGGGACUUUGGAAAAACUGACAGGUUCAGGGCACCACUGCUAUGUCCACCCUAAGGCCAUGUGCACGGCAUCAGCUCUGUGUGUAGAAGCUGAGGGUCAUCAACCUGGGAUCCAUUUCGGGCACUUGGGAGCUUGGUGUCUGACUGUCCUUUUGUUUCUCACAGCUGCUCAACCUUCCACAUCCUGGCCAGACUCAUGGACAACUCAUCCCGCAACUCCAUCCACAACUGCCUCUCCUACAACAACAGAAGAUUUCGGGACCGAUUCAGCUCUGGCCCUGAGGCUGGUGAACGGUGGUGACCGGUCUCAGGGCCGUGUGGAGGUCCUCUACCGAGGCUCCUGGGGCACCGUGUGUGACGACGGGUGGGACACCAACGACGCCAACGUGGUGUGCAGGCAGCUGGGCUGUGGCUGGGCCAGGUCGGCCCCAGGAGGUGCCCAGUUCGGACAGAGCUCAGGCCCGAUCGUGCUGGAUGACGUAGGCUGCUCAGGGCACAAGUCCUACCUGUGGAACUGCCCGCACAGGGGCUGGAACUCCCACAACUGCAAUCACGGAGAGGACGCCGGCAUCAUCUGCUCAGUUGGGCCCCCAAAGUCUGUUCUCCUUCGUGGGUGGUGUUUUCUCAGUGAGUGUGUCCCUCAAUCUGUUUCCUGUCAAAGUCUUUCUUUAUUUCUUGUUCCCUUGAAGAGUCCUAGUUCUCUGCCUAGAUCAGUAUUAGUCUGUCCUGGUGCUAGGUGUAAGCAGAUGAAUGAGGACCUACACUGAGUGUAAGGAUCACACCAUCUGCCUACAGGACCGCACACGCCAGCGGCACAGGCAGUGUUGUGAGUUGCCUGGAAGGGACCCCGUGGCCAGAGGUACGGUGACCCUCACACGGCUGGCCUGCAUUUGGGGCUCAGGAGUCCUUGCCUGUCAGUUUCUCCAUGGGAAUUGGAUGCAAUCUCUGCACCAGGUCUGCUCUGCGAGGGCAGCGGGCCCUCUGAGACCCACCGGCCUAUGCCUCGUAGUUGCCUAUGGUCAGGCCUGAACCGCACACAUGGGAAAGGAACCUGAGCAGACUCCUCACUCUUGGCCCCUCCAUGCCUCCUAAAAGCUGCGAGGUAGACAGUUUCCUGGUGUCAACUCUGUGCCUCCAUCUAGACACGAAAGGAAUCGCCUGGACGUUGGCACCAAUGCCCCGGGUCUUCCUGGGCCCUGGUGGGGAGUGUCCCUCCUGGGUUAGAUGGCAAAGGCCCCGCCUUCCAAGGCUGGGGACCAGCAUGGCUGAGCGACCACCUGCUCAGUGUCUCCCACGAUGCCUCUAGCUGUGUCCCCUUCAGUGCCACAUGUCUGGCCCGACGCCCUCUCUCUCACAGCUGCAUGGCCCUGUCCAGCACUAUGCCCACUGAGUCCCACCUCCUCUGAUGCUCCCUCCCUGCUCAGCCCACAGCCCACCAGGAGCUCCUAGAGGGGACUGUGCCAGUUUCUGUCUCCCAGUCCCUCCCUGAUGUGUAGAUGGUACAGUUGUGCCCAUAACACAUUGACCCUCUGGUCUGGCUCAGAGCGAUAAGGGCAUUCUGGCUACAGCGCUUUCCCACUCUCAGUGACAGGGGACACUCUGCCCAGAGGACAUUCUGCUCCCUGUGCUGAGGCAACAGAGACCCUUCAUCCAUGGACCCCAGACAGAGCCUAGGAGAUGCUUUUACCAAAGGACACUGCGUCAGGAGCUAAGCUGGGUUGCUCUCCCCAAUUCUAGCUCUGGUUCCCAUAGUGAAGGUCACUCAAGGACAUGGUAUGGGCUGGUUGCAAGCUCUCAGAAAGGGCCUCUUUCUCCCAUAGCCACAGAGCUUCUCAGGCCACCCUGUCCCUGACCCUCUGACCCUAGUCACAGCUCAACAGACUCGAGCUUGACCCUCUUCUUGACUUUCUAAGCUGCUCUGUUUUCUCUCCAGUUGGGUGGUACACAUCAUUCCACAUGUGAGCAUCCCUGGGUCUGGCCAAAGCAUCAGAAUUCAUCACUGUAGCUUCCAGGCCAGGGUGACAUUCUCUCAUCUUGUGUUAGAACUCCUCAGACCUCACCCCAUCCAACAUGGAGGGUUCCCCCCACAUCCCAGAAUCAUGGAUUCCCAUCACCUACCAGUUAUGGGACAUAUUAGUCAGGAUGUUUUAGUUUGCAAGUGACAGGAGCUCAACUCAAACUUGUUGAAGCCAGAAGAGCAGUCCAUGGCUCACACAUGAGGGACAUCUCCUGGCAGAGCCAGCUUCAGGUGCUCCUGGAUCCAGGCGUUCCGAGACUGUCUCCGUGCGCAUUUCUUACUCCUGCUUUCUUAUGUGUUUGGGAUUCACUAUCGGCUUGCUUUCUGCACAGGCGACACUGCUAGUGCCAACGGUGGGGCUCCCCUUUUUGUCCUGCAUCGCAAGGCCAACGUGGUGGGAAACCAAUUGAAGAACAUGCCUCCCACAGCUCACACCCAUAGGUGCUGUACCCAGCUCCAUGAAGAUAAAGGGUUUUGGAGGAACUUUGGUCCAGUGUUAUUGCAGGGGAACGUUACCCCGAACACUAAGGCUUGGCCCCUGGAGGAAUUAGGAACCUC